AUGAAUAUUUUUUUCUCUCAUUUCAGACCUGAUGGAAGAAAGCAAGGAGAGUGAAGAACUAAAGACAUUUCUAAAGAAAAGAGCCAAGAAAUCUUUCACCUGCACUCAGUGUGGAAAGAGUUUCUCAAAGACACAACAUCUUGAGGUUCACAUGAGAGUUCAUACAGGAGAGAAGCCGUUCACAUGUGAUCAAUGUGGGAAGAGCUACAGUCAAUCUUCAAGCCUUAAAGCACACAUGAGGAUCCACACCGGAGAGAGACCGUUCACAUGUGAUCAGUGUGGGAAGAGCUACACGCUAUCAUCAAACCUUAAAGAACACAUGAUGAUCCACACCGGAGAGAAGCCACACACAUGCAGUCAGUGUGGGAAGAGUUUCACACGAUCAUCAAGUCUUAAAGCACACAUGAGGAUCCACACCAGAGCGAGACCGUUCACAUGUGAUCAGUGUGACAAAACAUUUCUAAAGUCAUCAAACCUGAAGAGACACCUGACAGUUCAUACAAAGGAGAAGACACAUUCAUGUUUUGUGUGUUCAAAGAGUUUUUCACUGCUGUAUAAUUUACAAGAACAUGAGAAAACACACACUGGUGUGAGAGAGUACAUGUGCUUUGAGUGUGAGAAAACUUUUACUACAGCAAACCAUUUAAAAGUGCACCAGAGAAUUCACACUGGAGAAAAACCUUACAAUUGUUCACACUGUGACAAGAGAUUUAGUCAGUUAUCAACUCUGAAAGCACAUGAGAGGAUCCACACUGGAGAAAAACCUUACAAGUGUUCACACUGUGACAAGAGAUUCAGUCAGUCAGGAACACUGAAAACACAUGAGAGGAUGCAUCGAGAGGUGACUUGUGCGGACUUGAGACAGCCAGGUAUCCCAGAAUGCAUCACGCACUAACCAGCAAGCGUCAUUAGUAAAGCAGAAAACCUGUGUAAUUUAAACAUAUUACUGUUAUUAUGUCAUGAUAUGUAAAAUUAAGUGUUCAGGCAU